GCGGCAUUAUGAUAGGCACAUACUAGCCGCCGCCAUUGCUGCACCAUUGCGCCUUCAUCGUCCUAGACAGGGCCCCCCGCCGGCCGGUAGGAGGGGUGGCGCAUGCAACAUUGAGUAUGCAGCCCUGGGUCUCCCACCCUGUUUUUCUGUCAGAUGGCCCAGAGGGAUAAAAUGGUGUGCAGCCCGGAAUGAGCUCGCUCGGCUUUCGUUGCGGUUAAAAAGGUAGGCCAUGUGUUGGGUUUGGGAAUCCUUCGACGCAACACUUGAAACGAGCAACGAGGCGGGGUAGAUAGCGCCCGUGCAAAGCGUAGGUACCAGCUACCUACCUGUACCUAGUACCAACUAAACAACCAAACAACACGAGACACAUCCCAUCCGGCAUGGCGCGCCUCUACCUCUGGGCGGCGCUCUCGUGCCUCCUCGCCCCCGUCACCGUCCUGUCCUGCCUCAACGCCUGGGCCCUCGUCACCACCGGCCGCCCCCUCCCCCCGCUGGCACUGCUCGGCGGCGGCGGCGGCGGCGACGAGCCCGGCGGCAAGUGGCAGGCCCGCCUCCUCUGCCUCCUGGCCGCCGCCCUCCUCAAGACCCAGCACUCCCUCCUCGCGCGCCUCCGCCUGGCCCUGCGCGCGCGCACACUCGGCUGCGGCGACGCCGCCGUGUACCCCGACGCGGACCCGCUGCUGCUGGGCAUCGGCUGGUUCCGCGAGUCGGUGGCGGCGGCGCGCGCCGGCACCUUCUUCGAGCUGGCCCGGGUGCGGUUCGAGAGGCACGGCCGCACGCACUGGAACCGCGCGCUGGGCGGCGGCUGGAUGCUGGUGACGGACGAGCCCGAGAACGUCAAGGCGAUCCUGGCCUCCCGCUUCAACGACUGGGAGAUCGCGGGCCCGCGCCGGCUGGCCGUCAUCCGCCAGCUGGGGCCCCGCAGCGUCUUCACGUCCAACGGGCCGCUGUGGCAGCACGCGCGCGCGUCGAUCCGGCCCGCGUUUGUGCGCGACCAGAUUGCCGACUUUGCGCGCCUGGACCCGCACGUCGGGAACCUGCUGGCCGCGCUCCGUUCUGCUGCUGGCGCUGGCGCUGGUGAGGGUGGCGGCGGCGGCGGCGGCGGCGGGGGAGGAGGGGUGGUCGAGCUGCAGGCGCUCUUCGCCAUGAUGACCAUGGACUCGAGCACCGACUUCAUGCUCGGCCACAGCACCCGCCUGCUCGAGCGCGGCACGCCGCCCGGGGCCGCCGCCUUCCUCGACGCCUUCGACUACUGCUCGCUCAGGGGCGCCGAGCGCGCCCGCCUCGGCGUGCUGACGCGCUUCGUGCCCGACGCGCGCUUCGAGGCCGGCAUCAAGACGAUCCGGGCCUACGUGCGCGAGUACGUCGCCGACGCCAUGGCGGCGAGGGAAGAAAAGGAGAAAGGGGAGAAGAAGGAGAAGAAGAAGCAGGUGGUAGGGAGCGGCGAGGAUGGGGAUCAGCAGCAGGACGGGGAGAAGAAGAGCUACAUCUUUUUGCACGAGCUCCUCGACUCGGGCGCCGACGAGGAGUUCAUCCUGGACCAGGUCCUGUCCAUCAUCCUGGCCGGGCGCGACACCACGGCCGCGGGGCUGUCGGGCAUCUUCCACUACCUCGCCCGCGACCCGGGCGCCGUGCGGAAGCUGCGGGCCGAGAUGGAGGGCCUGGGGAUCGAAAACCCGACCUGGGAGGAGUUGAGGGGGAUGAAGUACCUGCAGAACGUUAUCAGGGAAGCCCUCCGCCUCUUCCCACCGGUCCCGACCAACUCCCGCGACACCGUCAGGGACACGGUCCUGCCCCGCGGCGGAGGCCCGGACGGGAAGCUGCCCAUUUUCGUGCCCAAGGGCACGCCCUGCCGCUACUUCCUGCAUACGAUGCACCGGAGGAAGGACGUCUUUGGCCCGGAUGCCGACGAGUUCCGCCCGGAGCGGUGGGAAGACUUGCGCGUCAGCUGGGAGUAUCUGCCGUUCAGCGGCGGCCCCAGGAUCUGCAUCGGCCAGCAGUUCGCCCUGACCCAGAUGUCCUACGUUGUCUUCCGCAUCAUGCAAAACUUCGAGUCUUUGGAGCCUGUGGAUUCGGGACCGCUGCUGAUAGACGUGAGCCUCAUCUCGUUGAUGAAGAACGGCUGCAGGAUCAAGAUGACGCCGGUGCGAGACGCCAAGUGAUCCGGGCUUCAUGCGAAGAGGCGCGGGAUAUGACAGGGCGUGCCACAACUGCACAGAAGGGCAGUCUUGUUUCCCAUUGUUGACCUGGUGCUCGUCUUGGCCAUGUGAACCGACAAUGUACAUGAAUUCCCAGUUUAUCUCUCAUAACAGCAAUCCUAGUCUUUCAGAAACAGAGUGAUAUCGAGCUCCCACAAGACUACCCACGCCAUCUUUCAAAACAUGGCACUCACCGCAACAAGCUUCUUUGCGUGCUUGGCGGGCCCCACCAUAUACAUUAUCGCUUGUAGCGAGCAAAGCCAG